AUGCAGGAGACCACAGGUUAGGCUGUCAUCAGGUAAGCUAAAUCCUGUUCUGUUGACUGCAUUUGCUCACAGUUUUGAGUUCAGUAAUGAACCGAACCAGAUACUGGACGACGCGGCGAUGACAACCAUGCAGGAGACCAAAAACAAGGCGAUAACCAGCUAGACCAGAUAUUUUUCUGUUGGCAGUGUUUGUUCGUCAUGUAGAGUUCAACAGUUAACUGACCCAAUAACUGGGAUAAUUGAACACUCCAUAUGAAAACGCUAUCACAAAGACACGGUUGUGUCAGCCGUCGAAUGCUGUCCCUCCACUCCCCUGGAUGCCCUUAGAUGCACACGUCGUCAGCUCUUCUGACAACGACAACGACGCAGACAUCAGCAAUUCGCCCGCCGAAAAGACCAAGAUACACAAAGCCUCCAAUGAUCGACGGACCGAGGCAAACAAAACAGCCUUCUUUAGACAUCGUCGUUUGCUGCAAUGGCGACUGCAGGGAAUGCAAAAGGUCUGGAUGCCUCGAAAGGCCCAGAAAAUCAAGUGUUGUGCGGACCAAAAUAAACGCAAGAGCUUCUUUUUAUCAAUCGAGGCAGUUAACCUUUCCACAGCCAGAGGAAACGUUCGCUUUUCAGCUCCGACGGGGCAAAUCUUCUCGUAAGUUAAUAGCAGCUUCCGAAGUACUGGUCCGAGCACUUCAGAAGUGUUCUCAACUCCCAUUUACGUUUUCCGACAUCACCAUCAGCCGGCUUCCCAAGCGGAAAUGAAAAACGAUACAGACCCCCGGCCUUCCCUCUCAGAAACCACCCGAGUCGUGCACGAAAUCUCUAACAGUAAAGCGCAGAGAUCUGACACACCUACUGCGGGGGUUGUAAGCACGGCGGCCGUGAAGGAUGAACAAGCUUACAGUGCUUUUUCGUCAUCUUUGAGUCCAAAGACAAUUUCCAGGAGAUUUUAAGGAUGCAAUAUUCUUCCAACUCUAUGAACAAAAAGGGAGCCGGCAGCUCUGUCUUAAACACAGAGGUAUCUCGAUGUUAAACACCGCAGGAACUUAACCGCGGGUAGACAUCAACCGCCGCAGAAUGUUGUCAAUAAUGUUCCUGGAAUCUUCGUCAACGGCGCCUCGCUGAAAAUCGUCUGCCUGCUCUGUCAGCCACCUAACACAGUUUCAUCAUCGGUUUGAUGAUCGUAUCGGACAACUGUCUGGUGCAUGGGAUAGGACAUGUCGAUGGAUCUUGACUCUCAGUGCAUAAUUCUUCCCUAUAACAGUCUGGUGCGCUUGAAUCUAUCAGGGUGAGCUAAAAGCCGUCGCUUGAAUAAACUCAGUUCUCCCCGGAUGACUAAGGGCCUGGUUGCAUUUGCUGCUUCUUAAUAAUGCCUUGGUAACGCUCCUACUUGGGACCCGAAUUAUCUCUCUUUUUUCUGCUGUGUGAAGUUUUGCUCAAUUUUUCUUGGUAGACCAAGGAGUGAUAUGGCCCGCCUGAGUGCGCGUUUUCACUGUGCCAAUCGCUUGCGCCAUCUCCCUCUUCUGAUUGUUAUCACUACUUCAUUUAACUUAUUUCGAGUGGGAAGGACAAGAGAACGCGGAAGAUUCUGCACACGUUUGAUAUUACUAUAACGGAACUCACGCACAAGUCACCGUCCUUACUCCCACCUUGAUGCGAAGUCUAUCGUGGAAACCGUCGGAAACGAAGGCCGAACUGUAUUUUUCUGAGAAAACCUCCAAAUCAUCUAUGUUUGAAUGCACUUACUAUGUCUACCUUAAGCAUGCAUUUGAAAAGUCGGUUAGAUCGCUGAAAACUAACAGUGAGGAUGGGCUUCUACGCAUAUGUUGGUGUGAAGAUGUUACUCAGAAAGUUCUUGUGUGUCAAUUCGUCGUAGCCAGCAGGUAACAUUCGCGUAAACGCGGAACGCAUAACCAACUCUUGCAAUCCGUUUUGUCUUCAUUAAAUUCCCUCUAGUUUCUUUGUCUUCUACUGGAGACGGGUUUAGCUUAGUAAGUCGGCAUUCGCACGGCAAGGAUUCGAAGUCUUUCACAUUUACUUUCACAGUCUUAUUUAGCUGUUUUAUUAGUUUGCAAUACUUCUCAGUCAAAGGCUCAACGCCUGAAGUUAAUAUCCCAGGUCUGAUCUGGUAAAUGUCUCAUAGACUUUUCGAAGCAGUCCACUCCGCCUCUUUUACGGUUUGCAGAUAUGGCUAAGUCCACGCCACAGGUUACGUUUAUUGUUACUGCAUUUUAUCAGUGACGAAUUUAAAUGUCAAUCACAAACUGAUUCCCCUGUAGCUCAGUCCUGUCAUAUAUUCAUCGGCGUACAGCAGGAACAAUGAGGGACCGGGAACCUAUUCCUGAGAAGAUCCACGAACAAUUGCACCGACAAAGAUUUUGUAAUACACACUGACAGAGAUCGGUCUCGCAAAAAUGCAUCCCUCUCGGCAAGCAGAUUCCCAGACCUUACGCAGUAAAAGUCUUUGAGAGAGAGGUCCGGGUACCUAAAAGAAGACUCCACGAUCACAGGAGCGAUAACUUUAUUCUGCUAACGUUGAUUCCUAGUCGGAUUAAACAUCAUAGGCAAGCAUAAAGAAUUUAUAAAUAAUGCAGUUACCAUGUAGUCACAAGCAAGUCAAAAUUGCAGCCUUUGCAUCCAUAACCGAUCGUCGUCCUCAGUGUGAUGAAUGCUUGCUCCCCAGCAUUCGAGUUGUUAACUGCCACCAUCUCACCGCCGUUCUUGUCACGCGUGAAACAAACUCGAAAAUUUUGCCGGCUGAUAUUACAACUGAAGAUGAACCACAGAACCAAAUCAAAGCUUUUAGGCCGGAAGUACUGAAAUCCUCACAAGAGACGACAACACGCAGUCGCGGCUUGCUUCAGUCGUGAUUGACAUUCCCGCAAUCAAUUAGCAAACGCCAUGAUCACAACCUCCGGAUUCCUUGCCGAUACACGCUACAAAGAAGGACUGAUGAAGCAGCACAAAAGGGGAACAUUAGAGCGCGCUUGGGAAAUUAAAAAGCAUUUUAGAACGGAGAAAAAGCAAGCCGCAACUAUACUGAACAAUGAACAUCUAUAUUGAACAAUGGACAAACUAGCAAGCACCAGAGUACAGUUCAGGGACGCAAGUAUCUUUCACGUAAGAGUAGAAUCUAGAACCGAUUUCCCAAUUUUUUAUUAAUUAAAAUAAGCAUUUACAUAUUUAUAGUCUAAAAUACCUGAAAAUAGUUUCAUCCUUUUAUACCACAGGUUUGAUUUGUUUGUUCUUACUAUUACUGUUGCCGAAUUCACAAACAGUGUAGAGCUGUAGUCUUAUGCGCAAGUUCUUGUUUUUCUUACCUGGCUUCAGAGGCAAGUGACAGUUUGUUAGAACAGGAGAAUAAUCGGAGAGCUGAAGACUUGAGUGUCAAAGUCAAGAUUUUGAAAUCGGUGAGCAUUUACUAGUUCAUUUUGGAAAUUCUGUCCUGCACUAAUAACAAUUGUUAUUGUUCGAGUAAUCGAACUCGUAUUUCGUUGCCGUCAUUUUGGCCAUAUUGUUAAAUUUUUCUUCCCUCUCCAAACCUAGGCAGUAUUUAUAUAAACCCUCCUGAUUUUUCUUUUCGGCCAUUGCUUCGAUUUGCUUUUGCAUCGUACUGUCUUUGCCCUCAGGUUCCUGUUGACUCCUGAGUCAGUACGCGACACGCCUGUCACCCUGACGUCAGGGAAUGAUAUUGCCGUUGAUUAUUUGAAAGUAAACCGUUUGUUAACCGGCCAAAGUGACGGUGUGGUCAGUGCUUAAAGGUACACCAUACCAAUGGGCGUCGUUUUGCAACGGAAUUGUUGCCUUCCGAGGGGUAAUUCCCGUAUUGUCAUGAGGAAGUCUACCGUUUGUUGUCGAUUUUUGCUUCACUUGUUGAAAAAAUGUGAACAGACCACGUAACGAUGAGUACUCAACUUGGUUACGUGUCGCUGAGUCGACGUCUUCCAUAAUCUCACUUUAGCCAAACUUAUUUAUUAAAUCCUCUGCGGCCAUCGUUUGGGCCAUUUCACUCGCAAGCUUAGCGCCACCAGCAACGUAAAAAGUGGGAGUUAGAUGAUCUUCUCAACAGUAGGCAUACGUAUGGUCUCUUGGAAAGUCUUCAAAUGCAUUGAACUCCCCCAUUGCUUCCUAUAGCGUAGACAAGUGCGGAGCCGUGCUGCUCGACCAAAAGCUAGAAUUAGAAAAUAUCAUGCGAUCAAGGGUGUUCUGGAUGUCCUUCUCCACUGCGCAUUAAUAAUAAGAAGGAUUUCUGUCUGUGAGAAACAUAUAACGUAAGAUCCGCGUGUAUUGAGAUACCAGUCUCAUGUUCAUAGAUGUGGUUAUUAUAGUGAGCCGGUCGUUGCACAGGCGUAAUUCUGUGGUGGUGAUAACCUACAUAAACAGAAACCGGUCGACUUUCAUCUCCGUCAUGAGGCGAGAGUUGCAGGGGAAAUUACUUUGCGCCGGCUCAUCAUGGUCAGAUCACCACAUAACCAGUCAUUGUGCCGUUACUCAAGGUGGUUGUUUUGUCAGAUCCAAAUCCUCUAUGUCCCAGUGAAUCACAACCCCUCGUAAGUGCACUGCGCAGCUGGCAGACGAGCUCUCAGGUAAUUGUCGCUUUCUCAAAGUUCCGCGUUUCUGGGUCACAGAAUAAAACGAUUACUUGGGUUCCAGACUCGAGACGGUCCAUUUUGUUUCGUAGUGACUGAACACAGUAGCAAGUAACGACUUUCCUUUCGAAGUGCUUAAAAGAUUGAAAUUUUUGUAUGUUCUGGCUCCCGUCUAAUGGCUUUUUUGCCGUAGAGUACGUUUUGAACUUCUUUCCUUUAUUCUUUAAGCAGUCAUCCUUCUCUUAAAUGUUUUCCUGGUAUCUAAUUUGAGAAUAAGACAGCCCACUUUCUCAUUGCUAUCUGCUGGCUCUGUCAUAGUUCCCCUUUUUUGUAGUAUGCACAUGACAUAAGGCACGAGGCCGAUCAGCAGAAUGAAGUCCUGGAUAAGUUGCAGUCAACCAUGGACUCUGCGGGUCAUGUUCUCGGGAACACCGUAGGCCGUGUUUUCGGCAUCCCUGCCAAUCGGUCCAAUAAUCGGAAACUUUGCUGUUACACACCACUUGUCUUUGUCGGGCUGUUCCUUCUGUACCGUUUUGUUCGCCUCUUUGUUUGAAGAUACUUUAUGAUUUCAUGGAGGCCCACUCUAUCCCCUCCCAUCUGCCCUUAUUUUUUACUUCUCAUUGAUUUUCUUACUUCAUCUAAAAGUGCCGCGGGUAGGUAAAUCUUUUGAAGUAUUAAUAUCCUCAUGUCAUCAAUAUCCUUUUUAUGAUACAUGCUUCUUCGCCUAUGAGUUUCCCUGUUAACUUAGGCAUAUGCAACGAGAAUGAUGUAGAUAGUGGCACAUGCUAAGUGUCUUUUUCUUACAUUGGCUAAAGCCGCCCUCGAGAUGCCAGCGUCCAUAAAUUAGUCUUCGCACAUCAUUCCACGCUUCGGAGGGGAUGGAUGCCAGUAGGAGUUAAGCUAGAGCCAUCCACUCUCUUCUCUGUCAUAUUUACCACCAGUGGGUUGUUCGGCUGAUCUCGGACUGUGGGGCACGCGAAACUUGACAGCUGUCUUCGGUUACGGCCGUUUAAAGACGUUUGUACGUUCAAGCCAGUGUGACAAUCCUGGAAGAAAGAGUUGUUUGACCAGCGGGGAAGUGUAUUUUAAGAAAGAGACCUGUGUACCUGUUAUCGUUUGCUUAGGUUUGUUUUGACCGGACGGCAGAUCUACCUCGCCGAUGAAUAAUCUGGUUUAAAUGUAUUGAGACCACCUCUGAGCGGUGUCGAAAAGGUCUACUAAGAACUGUCCCCGCCUUGCUUUUAACACAGGUACUAACUAAAAAAUCUGAAACACCGCCCAUGUAUCGUGUUGCAUACCAAAAUUACGAGGACAAAGCUCAUCCGUUUGAGCAAAUCCCCCUUCUUGUGUGCUUUCUGCUCUAAGUCUGUUUAACAAGUUGUGAUUCGCAGUUUUGCUGGCCGGAGUGGAAUUGUCGUAUCAGGACUUUUCAGGGCCGACCAUAUUUGUAUCAGCAAGUUUCAGCGAAACACGCAGUUUACACGUGCAAGUUACCAGUAAUUAAUACGGGGCAUAUUUAAAGAAGCAGAUUUCUUUCAAAAUCAGGGACUCUCUUGUGGAUUUUUGAAAUGUUGGUGACGAACUAUCGCCGCACGGAAUGGCUAAGAAGUUGCGUUCGCCCCCUGGAAGGUGAUAUGGGAGGAUGACAGAUCGUAGAACCUGAAACGGGUACUGCAGGGCGUGGAUUGGGAGGACUCCAGUUGUUCGCUGACCGUGAGUACGGGGAGGGGAUGAGGCUCAUUAUUAAUUUUAUCUUGGGGAAGGGUAGGCAGUGGCAGCGGGCUCCUGCGAAGGGCAGAUAACAUAAUAUGAUCGCGUCUCGCUCUUCUCGAAGUGGAAGUGGGCUGUAAGAUGCGCUUAUGAGCAUUAGCCUUCUUCAUCUAAGUCAACGCGACAAUACUGCAGCCGCUGGAUUUACAGGCUUCCGGACUCUUUCUGAAGACCCUGUUGAUAAUUUUGGUGGCAUCCCAAUUGAAGCGAUAGCCGCCCAGAAAUGAAUGCACAAAUGUGGGAUGUAGGUGGUCUUGUUGGCGGACAGCCCCUAUAUAUUCAGUGACUGGACUUUUUUUCGACCUGUUUGGCUGAAACACCAAGAACAACUAGAACAUGGGGUCCCUUGGUCAACAAUGCCAUAACUAGCUUUUGAUGUGAAAUCACUGGCCUGGGACCAUGCAAGAAUGGCACAGACUCGUGUGCAAUGAUGGCCCCAACACCCUUGGCUGUUGUGAGGUGCCUUCAGAGGUCCCUCUUAUGUAUGACAGCAUGGAGACCUUCCAGGUCACGUCUGCACCGCUCAUCCUGUCUGCUUGUCCAUGCCUCCCAAAGCUUGGUCAGUCUUCAGCGAAGUACUUAUACUACUCUUUUAGGGUCUCUGCCUCAAUUGCGCCGCGCGUGACCCAUUUCAUGCCUCUCGUGGCUCUCUAGUUUACCAGCCUUAAUUGAUAUCCCUGACGGGUUGGAACAUAAGAAAUACAGAAACUGAAGUCCUGCCUGUCGCUUGGGCUUGUUUUUGCCAUUGCAUUAGGAGUGUUUGGGUCGAUCGUUAACAGCUGUAGCGAAGUAAAGCCUUCGCCUCCUGACCAGUUAGUUCGCAAUUUAAACUGUUUGUUUAGUUGAUCUACUCAUAGCGCUGAAAAUGGAGGUAAAGACCGGUCCGCAAUCGAGGGCGAACGGUGUUGUUCCCGGCAGUAGAUUUUUUUGUUUAGUAUUUUAGCCGUCAUGGGCGUUGACAAGGCUCGCUUGUUCGUACUAGGUGCAGUAUGACCGCCAAUAAUUCGUUGGUGGGCCAUCCGCAUGGAAAAUGUUAAUGAGCAUUAGCAUUGAAGUGCGAAACAGGAAGAACGGGAAUUUUUCAAUUUUUUCGGAAUCUAGGUGCUUCUUGGGUGUAGUGAAUUGCUGUGACCUGCAUCAAUUUGUACUCUCCGCUUGACUAAACAAUAAAAAUGUCCUUUGAGUGUCUUGUUCAGAAUCACUGUGCAUAAGCCAAGACUAUUUUUCUGAGUGUAUAGCAACUGUGUAUUAUUCGGGUACGUUAAACUCCCAGUGGAAUAUCCAUUAAUAUUAGAUUACAGUGAUUUGGGUACCUCUCAUCCUCUCUAGCAAUGGAAUUUUCCAGCCGAUUAAUUGACUUCUUUUCUAGGCGGAGGUUGUAACUUAAUUUUAAUGAAAUGACUGUCCCAAGCAUUAAACUUCGUGCCGCGAAUAAUAUUCAGAAAGCACAACUGCCCUAUGGGCGGCCCACUUGCGUGCUGCUCAGUUCAAGGGGACGGCCGGACCUUGAUGCAUUUGGUGGUUGCCCCAACCUGUCUCUCACUACGAGCUACUUUUAUAUAUGCCCAGGACCAAAACAAGGUUACAUUAACACGCCGCGCAGAGUUCUCGAGAGUCUAUAACUGCUGUCAUACAUAAGGAGACGUAGCAAUAUUUGUAGACGUAUGUCCUCAUGCCGCGUUAGCUACUGCGCCCAAUCCCAGAACCAGGUGGUUGACAUGCACGGAGAGUCCACUGGUGUAUGGAAGAGAGGGAAGGGAUUGAGAUCGACAAUAGGAAACCUAUCCGUCCGGCAGAUCAACUUAAUCAUCACUAUAGUAGAUAGGGCGUUCUCGGACCUAUCACGAGGUCUAGAAACUGUUCUUUGGAAGGUUGCCAACUGACGAAAUAACUCGGUCCCUCGCAUGAUUGAGAGCCAGGCUACAAUGGCUCCUUCAUGUAGCCCCAAGGACACUAAUUCAUGCGAGAUCCUGGCCGUCCUCAUGAAUGCCUGGUAUAUGUUCUAGAAAGGGGUCGUACGUGGCUCGCGUAGAUGCGUUACAUAGAUUCGUUGGCCACUGCGCUCGAGUCUACCCCUUGUAGUCUGAAACUUGCUUUGCGCUCGAGGUCAGGUGGGUGGGAAGAGGAAAACGCGCGUGGAUGCUGUCUAAGUCUGCUUCGUCAUAAACUAGUUCACGCAUAACUCGCCGCACGGUAGACGUUCGCGACGGUCGAACUGUUUGCUGCCAGGAUGCAUAUACAAGCACGCAAGCCAGUACGCAGCAGACAAGUGCCGUACAUAUUAACGCCCUUUCGCAACUCGAAUUCACUGUACUGCCAAUGCAACCAAACCACUCUCGCUCACCAAAACAACGCAGUCACUGUAGAAAUCGUUUUAACUGUGCACGCCCUAACUCCAAAUUAAAAUGUCUCAUUUCCCUUGUAUGGAAUCUUUUCAGCCAUUAGAAGGCUGGCGCUAUAGGAAAUACAUAAUAUGUAACAACGAACGGGAUAAUGGGGUGAAAUCAAACCUGGCUAGUCGAGCGGGCCUUCUCUACCUUCGAUGAGUACUGCUUCCUUAAAAUUUUUGGGGGCAAACAGGCGGCCACAGGCUUACCUCACGGCUACCUUUCGUACUGAUGUUUGUUCAGUAGGGUUGAGGGGGAGGGGGGUUCCCAUCUACUGCUACCUAACAUUUAUGUCCGCUACACAAUGUCCCUUUUAUACCCUUAUACACACAAACUUCUCCUUUCCUUAACCACCUCUGGGUAGUUCGCAUGUGCGGAAAUUGCGCUGUUAACUGCGGGGUUGUCGGUUUCGUGGUUUAAUCCGGUUUCCUGUCAUCAUCAUUCGGUUACAUUAUAUUAAACGCGCACUCUAUUGCACAAGUCCCACUUUCCACCUCCGCCGUCGCCUCCUGCACUUACUUCCCCAAGCAGGCUUGGUCGAGCCUGAAACGCCGACCAGUUUCAGGUUACGGUCAACUUGCCUCCAUCCCACGCAUUCCACUGUCCACAUAACUGAGGCGCCAGCUUCCCCUUUUGUCGGUCAGACUAUCACUUGCGGUAGCAGUUUACUAACGUUUCAGGCCCGGCAUCCACUUCCGGGCGUAUAUAUAAACCCCAAACACCCCCUCACCAUCUUCUGCACCAACCCCCCCCCCCCCAAAAAAACCCCAAAGGCUUAUAACCUACGCCAUCCAAACAUAAGCCUUCCACUUGGGGCAGCAGCUACCAAAGGCUUCAGGCUCUUAAACCACUGCGGUAUUUACAUAAACCCCUUACGCUCCGUCACCAUCUAACCCACCCCUUCCCUCCUUCCCCAAAUGCUUAUCACCUACGCCGUCCUAACAUCAAUCCCGGCAGUCCUUCUCCCUCCCUUUAUACAAACUGUCAGCAUUCGACAACUCCCUCACCGGCUGUUCCCACUUCCGCCUGCUUCACCGUCUACAGUCCCCCCCCCGCAACGUUUGUUAGUUGACCUGAUAUGCCCUUCACGGCGGGUGGUUCAUGUCGCCAGUCAUCAGCUACCCCCCUAUUCCUCCUUACCGUCUGCCAUGGUUGGCAGCUGCCUAAGACCCUCCCCGCGCGCCAUCCUGUUCCCGCUAUAAAGGCCUUCUGUAGUCACUCCCUUUCUGCCCUGUAAGGGUUUACCAACGAGGCUUAGUGGAUGUCAUUGCCUUAUUCUACAUCGGUAAACAUGUUCCCCUACCAAGCCUCCCGGGUAGUCGAUCAUUCGCCCUCCGCACUGUGCGUUGAUGGCUCCGUCACCAUUGUUAGCGAUACCUGCCCAGCCCACAGACAACGUGCGUUCGAUUCUGCCAUUAGCCCCCCCCCCACAGGCCCCCAUCAGCUAACGCAGCCUUACGGUUGAACUUUUCUUAACUGAGUAUCAAACCUUCCCUUAUUCCGGAUGCUUACCAGCACCGUAAACCAGAACACUGCAAUAGCAAAAUGCAACAUUUACUCAAAAAUAGGAAAAGGGAACAACACACUAGACAUACAGCGUAGUACAGAAAAUCGUCCCUGGCUGCCUUGGACAGUGGCUUGCCACAUCACCAGCAGUCAACAGUUAGGUGUGCUAGAAAAGAGUAUGCGAUUACACGCUUGCUGUAUACUGCAGUACCUCAUAUCGCCUUCAGCAUCCUUUUUUGGUAGCGAGUAUCCCCAUUGCCAGCAGGUAACGGCCACAUUCAUUGUAGGUAGGCAUGGAGAGUAAAUGGAGGAAGCACAGAGACUUACCUUCACGUCUUCCGUCUGCGCCUUCGUUGGUUAGCUUAUCCAAUCGCCGUUGGUUGGCUUUCCUUGAUUGGAUAUGCUUCUGCCCAAUUUCGCAGGAACGUUUCCCAGGAAGCUGCCAUGUUGUCGGCCCUUAGGUCGAACCAAAGGCGGUACUGAACCUCAUCUAGGUGGGCCCACACUGCACUGUCACAGACAGGACCAAACUCCUGCAGCUUCCUCUUCAAUCUGCUCCAGUAGGCCGCUACGGCGUUCGUAUGCCGACCCGUUGUGGGAUUAACGAAGACCCUACUGUGGUUGACAGUGUAGUGUGUGUAACCUUCGGACGGUAGGCGGGCAUAACCCUUCCACUUAUCCGUUACGAUAACACUACCAGCAACCACCCACUUCACUAUGACGGGCCUUAGGGCCUGCCAGCUGCGGUUGUUAACCUGCUCGAACAGGGCUUUCCGCCUGCCUGCCUGCCUGUAUCGUACAUACCGAUGACCCACAACUGGCGCCGUGGUCGUCCCUUGUGGUACUUGCGGCGACUUAUAAGCGUUUCGUCUAUCUGCACUUCCGCGCCUGGUCCCCCAGUUUGGGUUACGGCGGAUAGAAGUGCGUGUGAGCAGGCCCCGCGGCAAAUGCUGUACCAUUCCAUGGCAGUAUUUCUACUGACACCUACACUUGCAGCACACCGCUUGGCCCGCACAUCUUCGAAGAACUUAUAGCAUAUACGUAGCAGUGUCUGCAGACUGAGCUUGCUACCAGCGAACAUUGACCCCGUCUGCAGACACCGCUUCCGUCUGCAGUGUCCACAGCGGAAGGCAUAACCGUCCGUAUGCUGCCGCAGCACUUGCAUCUGCACAGUACGCCGAUAUCGGCAUGCUAAUGUGGUGGCCAGCAACCUCCACCGCUGCAGGUACUGAACGACACCUGCUGACUGAAUGACAGCUUGUAUUUCAUCCUCGGCGGUCUGUAUAAUCGCUGAGGACCGCGCCUACGUCCGCCUGCAGUCGGUGACGAUCUAGGUAUAAAAAAGUGUGAGUUUAUAAUACUGCUGGUGUCAACUUAUACAUAUCCCCCACCCCUCUUUUCAUCUAUGUGUGCCCAGAGCAAUUCAUGGUAUACCUAACAAUGAGGUUCAGUUGAAUUAGCGGUAGCUUAUAGAUAGCAGACCAUCAUGCGUUCUGUGCUAGCUAUUCGGACAUAACAUGACUUUCCCUGCAUUUUCUCAUGCUGCUUGUAUCCACCAGGCAAUGUUUUGUCAGCCUCGAAUUCCAGCGUUGAAACAACUAUGUCAUGGUCUGAGCCCCCGAGUGGGCCUAGGGAUGACACUGACGAUGGCAUGCAGCCUCUACAGAAAAUUAGGUCAAGUAUGCUUGAUCCUCGGGUGGGAAAAUCGACAGCCUGAGUCCACAUCCCAACAUCCUCAGCCUCGAGAAAGUCUUCGAACCUUCUGGGGCCUAUAGGCGGAGACCAGCGGACUUCGGGGAGCUUAAAGUCGCCCUCAACCAAUUGAUACUUAAAGCUUGAGUCGGCCGCAACAUGAAAUGCCUGUGAGAGUAAACGAUCAAAAUUUUCGUUGGCGUUGGGAGGGCGAUAGACGCAGCCAACGAAUAAGGCAAACUUAUUUUUUAGUGCAAAUUGGAUCCAGCAGCUACUUUCUACUGCGUAAAUUGAGGGGUCAAGCGGCCAAAAUGUAAGUGUUUGUUUAACGUAGACGCAACUGCCCCCACCGCGGCUGUCUUGGCGAUCAUUUCGAAUGCAAUUUUAGCUACGUAGGCUGACGCCCAGUUACAGUGUCAGUUACUAAAACAAUAUCUAGACAAUGGACGAACACCAGAGUCUGAAGCAAAGGCAUCUUAUUAAGCAAGAUCAGGCAUUUAAAUCAAAAAGUUUCAGGGGAAAGGCUGUUUGCUUCUGAGGGAGGUGGGCUACGUCGUCCAAUGCUGGGCUGCCCACGGAGCAAACGGUCCGGAUUUACCCAUCCGGGUCUGCAAAAAAUUUUGUGGCAUCAAAAGAUUCUGACGAGGAGAAAAAGGGGUAAGACUUGGGUGAGGAAAUGACGGGCAGGUAAGAUGGUAACCGUUGAUAGCUAACUUAUUUUCAGCUGGAAAUCCGCAGGCCAGAUACUGCAGAACAUUUCUGCCGGAAUGAAACUGACGAUCGGGUGAGCUAACUGAUCCAGUAUGGACAUUAGUGUGAGGAAUACAUUGGUAAAACGGCUGUGGAGGAAACAAGUUAGGGGGUGGGCGAGGCAUUGUUUCCCUUAGAGCAAGAAUUCUAUUAAACGGCGGGAAAUCGGCAUAUUCGGCCUAACAGCGUCGAUAUGAGGGCUGGGAGGCAGUUGGAAACACACGACGUUUUGAGUUGGGUUGUUUGAAGCACUAUUAGCCGAUUGUGGAGGAAAAGAUUUUAUAAUGAUGCUGGAUUUAUCGGGUGUCCGAAUGCCUGAGACAGCAAGUGGAUUUGCCUUUGACUUAGACGCAUGCUUAGGCUUACUAGGGGUUGCUGGGGGAGUCGAUAGAGGCGUGUUUAUAUCAGGUCUGUUGUUGCUUCUAAAGAUCUCAACAUCAAUAGUAGUCGAAUUCCCUACGGAAUUGACUAUGCCGUGACGUGCAGAGGCCGCAAAUGGUGUUAUAGAGGACUUAUUCAAACUGACAGUAGGUGUCAUUAUCUUGGUGUUGGUUUUUGCCGAUUUUAAUUUAUUCAGUAUUCGCUGCGGUGGAGUGAGGUCUGGCGAAACGGAGCUGCGCCAUUUCCCUAGAAUGCCCUAGUUAUCUCCCUCCUCGACAAGAUAAAAUCGACUUCUAUCAUGGAGAAAAGGGUAACCAGUAUCGGCGCAUUACGGCUAUGCGAGCGCAGUCGUUUAGCUUCUGCGACACUGUAGGAACAAAUGCACUCCCUCCAUAGCAGAUAAGUGGCUCGGAAUGGUCCGCAGUACGAAAUUAUGCUUGCGUAUAAUUCUUUCCUCAGUUUCCGAACUUAUUACCCCAAUAAGUUCAGAAGCUUAUUCAAUUGCUUUUUCAGAAGUACUGUUUAUGCCGCCAUAUAUCAACUGAUCAAGUAUUUCGUCAGCUGAUGGCCUGCUACGACUAGCAGAGACGUAUUUUUGGACGAUUGAAGGGUCAAGAGCUUGUACAUGUACUAAAGGAAUUUGGGAGUUAAUCACAUCUGCAGAAGGCGAAGAACAUGUCCUGACACCUGGUAUGUCCUCGGUCACAAUUCUAGCACCCAGAGACGGCGGGGAGACCGCAGGCUUUCGUCUUUUAGCACGUGCUCUGCGGGACAUUACAGACAAGAUAAGUUUUUCGUUGCAGUACAUGGAUCAAAACGUUGAUAGCAUACAGAAAAGCGCACUGAAUAGCAAGUACUAGUGUCAUUUAACUACGAAAACUAGAAAGACAUGGUAUGGAACGGAGUCACUACGAAGGUUUUUUACAAAAUACGAUUAUUUAACCAGACUCUCCAACAAAACUGUGAAAAAUUAUAUCUUGUAGUGAAAGGCGAUUUUAAAAACGAAUAAAGUAAACAAACAGGCGUUAACUGCACUAAAAACGUUCGAUUUCUAUUCAGUGGACAGAUAUACAGACAAAUUGAUGGAGUGGCAAUGGGAAGUCCACUCGGUCCAACCCUUGCCGACAUUUUUAUGGGUCACCUAGAACAAAAGUUCUCAGAAAAACUGAAUAGGAAAACUCUGUACAAAAGGUAUGUAGACGACAUUUUUGCUAUUGUUGAUAACGACGAUGAAGCCGAAGACCUACUUGUUGCCAUGAACAGUCUCCAUCCUAAGAUUAGAUUCACAAUGGAGAAGGAGCAGUGCAACAAGCUCUCUUUCCUGGAUGUCCUCAUGACUAGACAGGAAGAUGGUUCAGUACGGCGAUCUGUUUUCCACAAAGACACAUGGAAAGGCCAAUACCUACACUUCUUCAGCUUUGUGCCGAUACAACGAAAGCGAAAUUUGGUUUACACUCUAUUCCAAAGAGCAAGAAAGAUUUGCUCUAUUGAAACGCUGGAUGAUGAAAUUUCUUGCCUAAAAACAGCCCUGCUUAAACGGGGAUAUCCAACACGAUUCAUUGAAAAGUACAGCAACACUUUGCGGCCAAAACUGACGGAGCAAUCUGUUCCGAAAAAGCCCGUUAUAAUAUCCUUACCCUUUAGGGGCGACAACAUCUCUAAUACCAUCAAGCGGCGAUUGAGAUGCGCUAUUGAAAGAACUUACAACUCAGCUGAACUCAUCUUCUACAGUUCUACUAAGGCUAUCGAAGUUCCACGGGCGAAGGAUGCCUUGCCACUGCACGCCACGUCAAAUUUUGUUUACGAAUUUACAUGUACUUGUGGGUGCAAGUACAUUGGGCGAACGCAAAGGCAACUGGCAGCCAGAGCAGUUGAGCACCUGCCUAAAUGGCUUCUAAAGCAGGAGAACAAGACUCCACGGUCUUCCAUUACAAAACAUCUCCUUGAUAGUGGCCAUUCGGUUGACCCUAAGACGUCUUUUCGAGUAUUAGUUCGAGCACGAACUACUCGGUUAUUGCGCUACGUGGAGGCAGCCUGUAUACGGCGGGAGAAACCCGACCUAUGUAAACAGUUAGACCACGUGGUCGACCUCAGCUUGCCCUGGUAAACCCGAGCCCCUUUUGAAUUUCGAAUUCUGCUGUCAUUGCUUGCUUUAAAUUCAUUCCGGGGAAAUAUUCCUUCAAUAUCCAAGUUAAUGCAAAGCUCCGCUUAUCUUUGAAACUGAGUUGGUUGACACCUCAAAAGUUCAAAAAUCGCAACAAAGGUAGGGUUCAUUAGACUAGACAUGUUGUACUGAGGCUAUGAGGUGUACAGACAACCCAGCAAGCAAAUGUAGUUAGAGUUCUUGUAGCGGCCCUACUCCGAGCGCCUGUCGCUAUGCUGGGCCUUACUCGAGUGUCUGCACGUGUGCCCCAAGGUUGUUCAGCUUUCGCCCAUUCGGCUUUUCAGCUAGCCCGUCAGAUUCAAGGCCGAGUCAGACGUGUCCUGGCUUGAGACGUUUUGACGCAUUUCCUGGCACACACGGAGAACGCUGCCCUCCUGGACCCGGCGUAACAUCCCUCUGGCUGCCAACUUUCCCAGCCCCUUUUCCAGUAGUUCUGUACAGGAUAUACAAUCUUUCCGACUGGUUCUAUCCUCUCUGAGCAUUCGGGACCGAGCCUGAAGUUUGAAUUAGUUAGGCUGUCAGUCUCGACCUAUGCUUCUACGAUAUUCUCACUAGUCAAGUGUGUGGUUACGCUGAGGGGCGCACUCGUUUGUCUAAAUAGUAUCCGUCCGUAGACAAUCGAGGAAGUACACGCCGUUGAUUAGUCGAGAGCUCCCACCAGACUAGUGUCAAUUUAUACCCGAAUCCUGUAGAGAGAUUAUAGGGAGCGUGAAGUUAACAGAAAGGCUGCAUAAGUAGGUCGUUGUGCCGGCGACCAAGAGGACAGACUGUAAACAGUUCAGUGUUUCACAUAGCUAAACAUACCAUUUACGUGUGUCAAACGCAACCUAGUCCGCACUAGAUGCACCAAGCCUGCUCGAAGGGCAUUCUCCAACUUGCGUGAACGUUGCAUGCCCUGAAAUGCAUCGUUCUACCCGCCAAAUAGGUGAUGGCAAAACCAAUCGCAUGCUUGCUGCAAGCCAGAGAUGCAAUAACAUGGCAUGUCAAUAACGCGCAUGUUAUAGAGUUUGUUCAUAGUAGGUUAAAUGGCACUGGAUCGGCAUGCUUUCGUAGCCUUUCCUCUCGAACUAUAUGUAAGGAUAUUUAAUACGUUGGUUAGACCGCACGGACCGAAUUUGGAAUACAGCAUGCCACUAUGGCUGCCCUGGAUGAAGAAAUACAACGAUCUCAUCGAGAACCAAGAAUACUUGAUCCAAUUUUCUGUAGAUAUUGCGUGUCUUUGUCAGUGUCAUCUACUGGCCGACUCGGGGCUCAGGCCAUAACAGAAUUGAUUCUACGUUAGAACUAGAGGCUGAUACAAUUUUGGAUGAAGAAAUAUAAUGGUCCCAUCAAGCAGACGGAACCUAGGGCAAAGGUCCAGCAGACGGUCUUAUGACCCUGCAGAUCGCGACAUUGUGCUCAAACUCCUAAUGAGUGAUGCGAUAUGAACCCACAUAUCUGCGCGGCUUUGGCAGAGGUUCUAACUGUAUAGGGUGAUAAAGCAAAUUCGUUUGUAUAACUUAAAUCUAGGUCUUUUAUGGUGAAGCAUUCUCAGAAUGGGUUAUUCUGAAAAAUUGUGGGACCAGGAAGUUUGGUAGGACCAAAAGACAUGAAACUACACUUGGAUGAUGCAAACUCCAUCUGCCAUGUCGAACCCCAUAUGCAUAAGCAUAGAAAAUCGGCAUUCAUUUUUUCAACACAAAUAUUUGCGGUGUCCUUAGAAUAUGAGUGAACACACUUGAGGUCAUCGGCAUAAAUAAAAGUUUGCAAAUUUCUGAGUUCAGUCGAAAUAUCGUUGAUGUAAAGCAGGGGGAAUAUCACACCCAGAAUCGUGCCUUGAAGUACGCCACUCAUGAUCGUCUGAGGUGUCGAGUUGCUAUUACCGACCAUGACUUUCUGAUAUUGGUUGGAUAGAUAUGAUCUGAUGAAGGCGAGUAGAGGCGGCCGGAUACCGAGAGCUUCCAAUUUUACUAAAGGACGUCUAUGGGACACCUUGUCAAAGGCUUUGUUAGGAUCAAAGGAGAUAAAUGCUGUUCAUUACGAAGAGAAGUGAUUUGAUUGAGAAAUGCCAAGUGACAAGUUUUGCAAGAUCUUUCAGGUAAAAUCAAUGAUGAUUAGAGCUGAGACGCUGAUUAGCCAGAUAGAAGUCAAUAAUCCCAUUGUAAAUGAUCCUUUCAAGAUGUUUUGUUAGAGAUGGUGUUUUGUGCACUCCCUGAUAGUUAUUAACAUCGGACCGAGAUCCAGACUUGAAGACGGAAAUGAUAAUUGACGUUUUCCAUGUCUCAGGAAAGAAAUCCUUUGAAAGAUAAACCGAGAAUAACUGGCUAAGCAAUAUGGGAAGUUCGGAUGCUUGUUUAAUAGUCGAAUUUGGAAUCGUGUCUGUUCCCGAGCAGUGUGAGUUUGUCAAACGAAUUAUGUAUUUCUCAGUUAGGUCUGAGGAGACAUCGAUUGUACUCAGUGUCCUAUCUGAAAGUGAAUGAAAGAAAGGGGCUGUGUGGGACUCAGUAGUAAUGUGUCUUGCAAAGAAGACACUAAACAACUCCGUCUUGCCAGUGUCAUCGAUGAGGAAGAUUCUGUUAUCGUUUAUCAGGACUGUAGUUAAUGACCACGCUCAGAGGUAGGCCGAUGAAGGAAGAUGUUAGCGACGGAUUUGGCAGGGUUCGGAUCGCUGAGGGCAAGUGAUUCUCUUUGUCUGCCGCGCGCUAUGCGCAUCCUUGAGGCCAUUUCGAAAACCUCUGUAAUUCUAAGAUGAAAGAAUAAGUAACUAGUGGAUAGGUCUCGCAGGUGUCGUCUCAACUUUUAAUCUGUUGCGAAGAAAAUAGGAACAAGGGAAUCCGCAGAAUUCGACUUGAGUUAUCUACGCGGCAUUAACUCUAGGAUGCCCUUGGAAACAUCGGACAUGGCAUCGCGAAGAAUGGCUGCAUCGCUACAAGAAUGAAAGCCAAACCCAUCCAAUGAUCUUAUAUAGUUAUUUAUCAAGUCGUGGUCUACGCAAUCGUAGUUUGUGUAAGUCCGAACGUUGCUGGUCUUUUUUGAAAAGGCAAGCGGUAAGCAACAAUGAAUUAAUACGUGGUCGCUGUCAAAGAGGUCCUUUUUUAAAGUAACAAAAAGAGGAGCAAUGACAUUGGUAAAGAUUAGAUCUAAAAUGUGUUUCUCUUGUUGGAGUGAGCACCAGUUGGGACCAGUUAGAAUAAUUGAAAAUAUCUUGAAAGAGCUUGAAUCUAGGUGGACAGUUAUUGGAAUGCCAGUUUAUUUCAGAAAGGUUAAAAUCCGCAGUGAUUAUUUUAAUAUCGGAAGCAGCUUCAAAAUUAAUUUAAAGAUUUCACAGAGUUGUGAAUCAUCACUAGCUGAAGAUUUUGGGUGGUUGUAGAUACAGCCAGCCAUUGUCCUUCUUUGCGGCGGGGGAAUAACAGAUGCAGAGCGGAAGUUUCCCAUGAAUGAAGAGGCGUUCAAGUAAUAGGGGCAGUGCUCAAGUUAAGAUCUAAUAUAAAGAAGAUGACCACACCCACGCCUAGUCAUGCACUUUUGACGGUAAAACUCGAGGUUAUCUAUAAGAAGGACAGAGUCAGGAAUUAGAGAAUGGGUCCAAGAUUCUGCUACACAUAUAAUAUCAGACGGCAUUUCGAGAACAAUGGCUCUGAUCUGGGCCAUCUUGUUUAUAACAGACCUAGCAUUCAAUAAUAUAAUAUCCAAUGUGUUUCGAAAAGCAAGGCUGUUGUCGACGGUAUUUUGAAAAAAUAAAUCUGGAGGCGGAUAUGUAAGCUAUGAAGUUAUAAUGCUUGGAGAAUAAGCACCAGUUAGUAUGUGUUGGCAAUUUCCCCUCAAUAAGGGCUCCAAGAACAAAAACCUGGAGCCUAACGAGACAUGAUACAUGAGUUGGAGACUACGGUGCUUGUAGAUCUCAGUAAGAAUCGCGUCUGAUUCGGGCGCUUUCCCGGUAGAAAGUUGCUGCAUGGCCCUGAUGGUUUCGUGGAUGGAAGGCGGGACGGAGGUCGGCGUUCGUCCCCACCUAAGGCAGAAGGGCGUUGACGGUGUCGUAGGCGGUAGAGGGUCGUUUGAGGACGCCUCUAAAGUGAUCGGUCCAUCGCUGUAGAAUUUGUAUCUUCUCUGUUAGUAUGGUACUGCCGUCGGCGCUGGGAUAAGCAUCAGUACCUAUGGCUGGCGGGCGGUAGACAGCCUUGAUCGCUGUGAAGAAGUUCAUCCAGUAGUUGCGGUCCGAGUACCCUUGGAUCUCCUCGGCCUUUCCUGUCGUCCAAGCGUCCUGCAUCUCGCUCAGCCGCUGUUGCAGAAUGUGGCGUCUACGGUGGAAUGUUGCUUUGUUGUCUUCAAUAGGGCGGUUGAAGUAGGCAUUAUGCAGGCCGUUCUUCUCGGCGAACAGGUUGCUGAUGACAGCGUCGUUGUCCUCGAACCAGCCCUGGUGUUGGCGACGUGCGUGACGGAGGACAGGCCGCGGCGGUCAACUGGACUGUGUCCCCUGGUUGGAACCACCGGCUGUCCAUGCAGGCGUUCUUCCCGAUUGUGACGCCGGCGACUGGAAGGUUGGCUAGCCGCUAAGCCAGCUCAUUGCUGAAGUGGAAAUGGUCAGCAGGCAAAGACAAAAGAGCAAUGUUAGGCCUACUUGGGGGUCGCUUACCUCGAGGUCUCCUGAAAUGCUGUAGACGCAUCCGCAUCUCGGAGAUGGCGAGGCGAUGAUCGGCCCACACGACAGCACACGGAAUCAAUCACCCAGCAAAUCCCGCCGACCCCGCCUACGGACGAUAACAAAGUCAAGCAGGUGCCAAUGUCAUGAUCGAGGAUGCAUCCAGUUGGCCUUCUCUCACAUCGGGAGGCUGAAGGUGAUCGUCGGGAUGAGCCGAUGUUCUGCCAAGGUUAUUAGGAGGAACAGGUCUGUGUCGUUGGAGUCGUUGAGACCAUGGGGACCUAGCACUCUUGUCCAGGCAGCAUGGUCUGUGCCGACGCGGGCGUUGGAGUCACCAAGGACACUAAACUAGUCCACCUUCGGGCAUUCUCCCGGAGGGAGUGCAGGUCCUCGUAGAAUUUGUUCCUCUCCUCGUCAGGGCUGGUCAUCUGCGAGGUUUAGACACUGAAGAUGGUGGCGAAUUUGCCUCUCCGAAGAGACAGGCGGAGGCCUAUUAGGCGAUUGUCGACACCUUGCGGCAGACAGGGCGAGAAGGGAGAAGAGAGAGAGAGAGUUGAUGCUCGUUUGGUUGUCUCGACCGUGAGUUUUGCAUUUGCUCUCAUGGUCAGCCUGCAGGUGACGUAGGUCCCCAGUAUUUGUUCAGGGCAACUUUUCUAGCCCAAUUCCCCUUGCAGGGGUAGCAGUGCCCUCCCUGGAUAGGGCUGUUCAGUUGUCCCAGAUGGCUGCCGAACUAUACUAUGGGCCACGACUUUUGAUUAUUGGUAGAACGACCCCAAUUAGCCUGGGACUACCUACGACAUCGCCGUAAGUCUGAUGAGAGGGAAGCGGAUAUGGGGAAGGGUAUAGAGAUGGGAAGCAGAACUUUCACAUUCCUAUCUAGGCCAACCGGUUGUCGAAAUAUAUAAGCGUUGAGCAGACAAAUACAACAGCUCGGCAUUUAGCCUACGGUAAGGACGAGCACGAACAAGUAGACAAAAAGCAAGCAGGCCAGAACAGUAGAAGUCAAAGGCAACAGAGGAAAAACAGUGGUAUUUUGCUUUCAAAAAGGACAGACAAAAACAUGCAGACACAGAGCAAACAGACAAGAACAGGCAAAACAAAAGGCAGCAGAGCAUCUUCGCUUACCUGGGAGCUCACUUACCUUGUGGCCUCCUACGGUGUUCCAGAUUAGGCCACAUCAAGAAGAUGCCAAAUGCCGGCCAUUGAAGGCGAGAUUAUCGUGUACGGAGAGGCACCCACAGAUGCCGUCAUCUGGUUUAGCGCGACGGUCGCGGCGGUUACCGGGAUGUGGCAACAGGAGGAACAUCGCUUCGGCGAACUACAUGAGACGGUUGGGCGCCAGCAAAUGGACGUUAGGUGUAGUAUUCAUCUGCAAGCAAGCGAGCGACCUACGACGAGCGUCACAUGGACCCACCGAUAGACACCCUUACACUCCUCCCUCAAACAUGCGGACUGACUGCAUCCCAACCCCAACUGAUCCUCCCAGGUAUUACUUCAGGCCCGGACAACUCGGAUAUUGCGCUGCCUGGAGACAGCCAUCGUACGGAGGGAGAAACCCGUCCUGUGCAAACGGUUAGACCACGUGGUCAACCACAGUUUGGCCUGAUAAGUCCAGGGCCUUUGAGUUGUACACCCCGUCUGGAUGCUAACUUCCCCAUUUUCUUUCCGAAUUUGUGUUUCCAAGUUACCAUUUUUACUGAUUUGUAGCUCAAGACAGAAUGAACAAGUUGUUUAUGUGAAGUGAAGGACACUUUUGGAGCGGACAGAGGAUGCGGAUGAUGGGAUGGAGUGUCAGUGGAGAUGCCGGUGCUCCUUCCAUUCGGAGUUAUUGACAAGCGUCCCCGCAGCUAUCAUUAUAUCAAGUCGUUUUGUUUUCUCGAGCCCAAUACCAAUGUCCCCACAUCUUUCCCCUGCAGUACUCCCACCCAUUGGUCUUACAGACGCGACAAAACCCUCCCAACUCCAAAUGGGGGCACAGCAUAUGCAACACUCCCUUCUGUUUUGUGUUGUAUUUUCAUUCCCCCCGUUUACAUGAAUACUUCCUUGAAAGGUUUUAUUAUGCCUCCACUACUUCUUUAGUUUUCAACAUGUGUGCUCAGCGUGAUGCUUACCAACAUCUAGGUUGUCGGCCCCUGUAGAUUAAUCUGCGUGCAGUAAAUGAUGGGCUUUCUUGUAUUGAUUUUCUCUGUGGAAGUUCAACUCUCUGUAUCCUUCUCAACCGUUAUCCCUGUUACGCAGCGACAGGUUGCAGUUAAUAAGCCAUCCCGAAAUUUGUUGUUUCCAAUGAAUUAUGCUGUCUAUGCUGGCUUCAAAUUCACAGCAGGGAAAUAUUGCUCCAAAGACGAAAAGCCUUCGGACUGCCCAUUUGUGGAGAAUUAGUGACCUAGAGAGCAUGCGGAUAAAGUCCAAGGAGCUUGCAACCCAAUACCUAAACCAUAGACACACGAGCACAAUUCUGGGUUGUGAAUACAAGCAAAUGACAAAGUUCAGUAUGCUAAAGAAAACAAAGUAAAAUGAUAAUUCCAAUGAAAAUUUAUUAACAGACUACGUUUCAUUGCUGGUAAUUCUUACUGACCAUGGGAAAUUCUUACCGUUUGCCGUAAAUUCACCGGUAAUGGUGAUUAACGUUAAUCAGGUCAACUGACAGACACAUCCCUACUCACAUAUCUAACCGAAUAACGCUGCUGGACUGGAAGCUAAAAACCAAGGAAAAUCCAAAGUUUAGCCGGGUUGACUGAGAUUUCUAUAACAGGGGACCAUGUUCUAAGUUACCUACUAUCAUUUUCUUCGAAGAACCUCAAGUCUUCGUAGUUAUUAUGUAUGCCGUCUUCACAUCAGUCACCUAAAUUGUAAACGCAGAAUCAGUGCCUGUUCUAGUGCUAGAGCGCACGUGUUAGAGGGUAGUAACCAAACCAACUUUUUGGAGAACGAGGACUUAGCAUAAGGAAAUCCUGUAAGCAAUUCCAAUUUGAAAUUCUUGCCGUUUCAACCGUUUCGGCAUAAACUCAUGGUUGUGGUUUACUAUAAAGGACGUUGCCGUAAUUCCAUCAAUCCUUCUACGAGCCACAUUAAAAACAUUCGGGCACUUUUUGCCUUUAUACGGCAGUCGGUUGCAUAAGAAUUCACAUACUUUGAUACUGGUUGCUUGACCUAGUUGCUAAAUGGCAUCUUUCGAUUCGCUAAGUGACUGAAAGUAUCACCCAGACAUAAUUUCGCAAAAAUUAAGCUCGAGAAGGAUAGUAGAAGCCAUCGCAACCCACGUGAAAAUGUUUGACCCAUUGCGUGGGUAUCGGCGGAAAUGUUCCGCAAAAUGUUCGUAUUAAUCGCUCCCAUCAGAUAACAAGCAGAACGUAGGUAGCCAAAUUUGGACUACCAGUACAGGGCUUGCCACAUGUUAUUACUUGUAAUCAGGGUCUUUUUUGCGUCCGCCGUCUGUUAUUGUUUAACUUCCGUCGGUUGAUAGCGGUUUAGUUGUGUUUUGUCAUCGUUGAAUACUUUCGUCAGUCCUCAAAACUUAAGUUUUGCACCGCUUUACAAAUUGAUGGCGGUGGUUGGAUGUCUUCAGAUGAUUAUUACCACUGUCAGUCUGUUGCCUGAAUCUGUCUUUUUCUCUCCAGCUCUGCCGGACCUCCCAUCUGGUAUCUGACAGGUAUCGCGAUACCGCGGCUAUAUGGCCGAUCGGAUGUAGAUGGCUUUUGUAUGAUACCCUUUGGCUUGUCGAACGCGCCGGCCACAUUCCAGUGCCCCGUGGCGGCAGUAACGUGCGAUGUAGUCCUUCAGGUCUGACUCAUUUACCUCGAUGACAUUAUCGUCCACGGGAAGUCCCUUGAUGAGCAUAAUUCACGUCUUGGAGUGAUUCUGUUGAGGUUAAUGCGCACAGGCCUUGCAAUGGAAACGGGGAAGUACAAGUUUCAAAGAAGAGCGUAUGAUCGCUGGAGUAACAGGCUUAUUUGUAUUUGGAUUAGGAGUAUCUUCGUGGACUUUGAGAGUAAAACAACAACAGCUGCGUAGUCUUGCAACAAGUACGUGGGACUUGCACUUUUUCUCCUUUUCGCGAAGUAUAAGUUUCCUCGUAGACAAACUCUAAUCUCUGGGCACAUCUUGUUGGCAUUGGACAUACAUGAAAACCCAGACAGAAUGUCCCUUUACUUGAUUUACCGACGCCCAAGGCGUCCCGGCAGUUCUUGACUUCAUUGGGUUUUCCUCCUGCUAUAAGUUAGUUCGACGGUUUGCUGACAUCUACGCACCUUUUCAUCGACUGACUGAGAAGUCCAGGCUUUUCUUAUGUGCCGAACAGUACGAGUAUGUAUUCAACGAACUCGAUGCGACUUUCACCUCCCGAACUGACGGUUGAUUUUUCCCUGAAACCAGUGACAACGUGAGAAACGUUGGAGUCCUUUUUUCAACAGGCUACUAAUGGAGAAAAAGGAGAUGGUUUUUUGCCUGCCGACUGUUAGGCAGACACAAACAGUGGUAUGGUAUUAUGUUUGGUGAGAUUCUGGGAUCGGUAUAUUUUACCCAGCACUUUUACUUCGAAGUUCGUGCAGAACAUAAUGCCUUGGAGGGGCUGCAAAAGUUCCUUGACCCAGAAGGACAGAUGGCUCAGGCGCCACUAUUAGAAUAAGAUUUUACGCUUAUUUACUACCUACCUGUGAGAUAUCGAAAUGCCGAGGCCCUCUCUUACGUUCGGUCACCGGUGGUCACAAUUUGUCGUUUCACCUGCCGGCGCACAACUGUGGACCAAUCCUUAGGCCGACCACCCGGUUAUUUUCGAUAAUUACGUGGGACCUAGAACCUAGCAAAUAAAUGGAAAAGAAUUCAGCCUCCGCGCGUGCGCUUAGGUGUUAUUAGACUAGACUACGGAUUGAUAGUCGCGCUGUUUUUGAGGGCUUGUUAAGCCAGGGACGAAGGUACAGGGUACUGCAAAUGGCAUAUACUACCAGCCCGACACGCGACCCAGCGGAAAACAGAGUUAUUUAUUCGUGGGCGUUUUUGUUGGCUCACGACUCACUGAGAUUUAUCCUACUGCAGCAUUGCCAUUUUUUCCCUUGGACGAAGUCAUCUAUCCCCUCACCACAGGCGGCGCUACGCCUUACAUUUAUAAACGUACUCAACCACAGGAUUUAAGUUGGUAUAAUUUGAUCAGUACUGCCCACUCAUCGCGAUAAUCUCUUCGUAUUCGUGAUUAAUGGCUACUUCCUGAAGUUGUGCGAGGAAAUACCUCUCCAUCAACAGGGCACGAAGUCAGUAGCAGCAUCCAUCAUCAUCGAGUGGGUCAGCCAGCAUGGAGCGCCCACAGUAAGACCGGUUGAGGCACGCCUUUUUAAAACCACCUGGCUAAAUUUCGUUCCUUACCCCGUAUCCGGAAGAUAGGGACUAAUCCUCGUCGUUGAGAGGAGAAUGGACUUUCCGGACGGACGGACAGAACGUUCGCGAGAACGUGGGCUGCUUUUGCUGAACUUGACGUCUCGUACCUGUCAUGGUACUUGUCGGCAUACCUUGCCUCCGUUCACGACUCGACAAGAUUUUCUCUCGCCUUGUUGCAACCCGACCACGAACUGGCAUGUUGACGUAUACAAAUCUACACGUCGAUAAUUCCCGCUGAGGGAAUUUAUGUCGGUGAUUACGCCCGACUGCCCAAGGAAGCUCGUUGCCGAAAACAUCCCAGUAGCUUAACAUUAACAAAAGCCAUGCUAAGGCUGACGCCGAACCGGGCCGGGAUACCAUGUUGGCGAUUCCCUGUUUGUGGGGCCGCAAUCACCCUUCUGGCUGUUGUCAAGUUCUACCGGUUCUGACGAGGUCGACCGUCCUUCGUCCCUCCGUCCCUCCAAUUCGUGCGGCAGUUUUAGUUGCAGUCACGCGUUUUGAGCCUCGGUGGUCAUCGAGUUUCGCACCACGCUGCAUUUUGCCCGUAAUUAUUGUGCGUGGUGUCCUGCCCACUCAGCAUGUGUAGACCAUAAUGUGGUAUAGGGUUCGCUUGGCAGCCUAAAAUAGUUAUCAGUCAAGUCUAAACUUUGUGUUUUCAUAAUAUCACUAGAUGGUCGGCUUAAGGCCCAGAAAGAAAGUACCUGAGUCUCGUAAAAGAUGCACGAAAUAAAUCAAAGCUAUUAAUGCAAAUAGUCUGCCCGAUUUGCUUGGGUUUAAAUUUUGGCUUACACAAAGAAUAAGCCACGUUUCCUGGGCAGGAUCCUACCAAAUACUCCGCUAGUCGCCGGGCUUCAGGACUUUCGUUUGACGGCGAUGUGGGUUUCUAUGUUAAUCGCCAGGGCUUGUGCUAAAUUGUAAUAGCGGCGACCUUGUGUGCCGCUUGUAGGUGUCCCUUAUGCAUUACCUGCUCACUACAUCUGAAUUCUAUAUUUAAAUAGUACUUAUAGUCUUCUGAAAUCCGGUUUGGAAUAAUGAUUGCAUAUUUACAGUGUGGCUAAAUCGACUACAGUCCACUUACUGUCGUAUGUCAUGCGACUCUUGCACUUACUGCCAGAGAUGACGACCUGACUUCGUGCAGUGACCGGUGACUGCUGAGAACUCGCAAACUACAGCCGACGUUAAUAUUUAGGUGGGGUAAGUAGUAACACAGUGUGCCUUUUGUUGCUCUCUCGACCUAUGCACUUGUCACUCGCCGAAUUGGUUUCUGUGAAAUGUGACGGACAGGGCAAACAGAACUGGAGUAACCAUUGCUUUCUUGUUUGUCACGCUCACCCAGUCAUGUCCCAGACUAAGACGACCUAGUGCUCAAAGACGUACCCAUUGACCAUUGAAUGGUAGGUCAAAGGCCGUGUAACUGAGUCCUGUGUCAUCGCGGCCCUGUGUUGACAUCGUCUUUCUGAUACCAGUCAGUAGGCUGAGAAUAAACGACCUGUCUCUGAUUUCGCCAACAGCGUUUCGUCGUCCUCGAUUUCCCUAUGCUGUAUGACCGGCUGUAGAGGAUCUAUACUUAGGCUUCAUGACAAAACAGAGCCGUUUAUGUUCUGUCUUGCAAUCUAGACGGUUGAGGAACACCACUCUGAUGUGGUUUAGAUGGUUUGCGAUCAUUUUCACGCAGAACGCUUAAAUCAACUGUAUUAGCGCCUUCGCCACAUUGAAAUCUGUCUUUUACGCUACACCACUAUCCUUUUCCCUAAUCUUAUCAUAUGACAUCUCAGUUACGUAAUCAUCCAGGCGCAGUCAUCGCUUCUAGCGCAUUGCCUUAAUGGACUUUUUUGCUCCCUACAUGAUUGGCCGCCCUUUUCUCAUCUUUAUCAUCUCCCCUGCUCUGUUUGUUGAGGCGCCUUUAUUGGGUGAUUGUUCUUUGCUGUCCAUAUGUUUGAUUUUAGCAUUUUAUUCGUGUAUUUAGGGGACUCUGACAACACAGCUCGCCAUAUCGUUUCUCUUUAUAACGACCAUCAAGUCGCCCUUAGUGAAGAUUUCCUUGUACAUCCGCUUAGUGCCGUAUUACCGAGUCGAUGUAGCUGUCUCUCCGUUAAGCUCGAUUGAUACAGCUUAUUCACACGUUGUGUUAGAGGUCGCAUUGUCCACCUCUGCUUCCUUUCCUCGUUACAGAAUUUUUUGAAAUUAUUUUUUGGAAUUUCCACUCUUUUGACUUCUGCUGGCGUCACAUAACCAUGUUUUUUAUCGCGGUCUGUAGAAACUACCAAAUACACUGUCGAAUUACCAUUGCUAACUUGGGUCAACCGUCUUCCAUUUUAAGUUUCUUUUGACCCUCGACUUCCCCGUUUUAUAUCAAUAGUAUCUAAACUUUGUAGUCCGCGAUUAUAGGAUGUAGGCAGCAACAAACCGGUAGUACGAUAAAUGGCAAGAAUUUAAGAAGUUAUGUGGAAAUUUUUAUGCCAUUUUUGUUGCGCUCUGCGCCAGUAUCACAGCGACUCUGCUUUCUUUCGUAUCCUCUCCUAAUGACUGUUUUUUAAUGCUGUCCUAUAUAAGGUUUCCCUAUUCUGUGGUCAUUGAGACCGGGUUGGUUGCUUAUGGUCAGGCAUCUGUCUUGGUAGAUUUUUUUCUGCAAAUAAAAUCGCUAACCAGAAGCUACCACAGGAACAAAGCCUCACCAUCUGAACCACCCACCACGAGUCAUUUUGUUUGUUUAGAGAAAAGAUGUAUCCAAUCCCUCUUGGUAUGUUUCUGAUAUCUCCUCUUAAAAGCACUUAAACAUCUUUAGGUAGGUCCUUUUUAUACCGACCUCUUACUUUUAUGGGGAUAUCUAGGUAAUUAUAGUCGUUCCUCAGUCUAGUCAGUGAUUUAUUUUAAACAAUUUGUAGGAAUUCGGUCUUUUUAUCCUUCGGAAACUCCUAAAUCGAAGUGCCUUCCUGCUGUUGGAUAGUUUUUCUCUUAAAGAUACGCAUGUUUCCUACAAUUUAUACAAUCGGAUCUCCGACUUUCUUUAGAAAAAUGCUGACGCUGUUGUCCCACAGUGUUUUUUACCGAAUUCGCCUUUCACAUGACUACAAGUUCAUCCGUGUGGUAUCGAUAUUUGCAAGUCCCAGUGAUCACCCUGUACCCUCUGUGUCCACUUCAAAAAAGUUGCCUACCGUGUCAGUCAUUCUCAAUAAAACUAUGCCUCUUGAAAACGCUCUCAUUCUGCGUCGCUGGCAAGAGAAGAUGAAGAAGGAGAUGGGUGACCAAGGCUUCAACGAGCUGAUGUCACGUAAACACCUUUUUUCCGUUUAUCUAUGUGCGCCACAUUUUAGGGGUCAAACGUCUAGGGAAGGAUGUCCAUCAGGCCAUCUCAGAUCUUUUGCUGCAUAAGAUUGACAUUCCAGAUGUACCUGAGCCCGUCCAGGGCUACAUUCGCAGCCUCGAAUGCUUGCUGACACGUAUUACUUCCACCCACUUGGUUGAAGAGGAUUGCUUCCACCCUAUACUCGGCUACCGUGGCCGUUUCGAUAGCAUUAACAGUUUUCAGUAAGUCUGUCGUAUUCGUGCAUUUCCGAAUUUAAGUAACCUAAUUGUUUAGUCUUUCCAUUUAAACUUGUCCAAAGCACACUAUCUGUACUUCGUUGUUUUUUUCGCUAACGGGCAUUUCUGCACAGUCAUUGUACUUUUGAACUGCUGGUUUUGCCCGGGGGUCGCCACAACCUCACUAGGCGGCUAAGGACAUAGCUGACAGGGUUGGUUCUUGUUACUUGAAGACGCGCCCGGUGGAACCGAUUAAGAGAAUGGAGCGCGGACGCCAUGGUCCAAAUACUUCCCUAUUUAUGCAUAUUCUGAGCGCAUGGGGGGUCAUUCGUGUUUUAUAUCGAUCUAGAAGGAUUGUCUUAACGGGAUCAUCACAUAUACUUUCAGUUUUCAGAGGUUCAAGCGACUGGUUGCACUGAUCGUUGACUGCAAACUUACUUAGCUUGUUUGGUAGGAAGUUCCACAUCGGAGAGACAGAAAUAAUCCACCAACCAGGUUUCACCAUUUGUCAUGACCGCACAGACAUCUCCGACCGCAAAACCGGAGGCGUUCACAUCUGUUUUGAAUGAGUUUAUUUUCAGUCCCACUUUAACUGGCUUCGCGUCUAACUGUGACAGAGCACAUUCCGUUUUCAUAAAUGGACUCACCAGCACUGCAACGAUAUCACAGAAGUCAAAAUCCGCAGUGCGUGGACCACGACCUAUGGUAGCACUGGCGUGCGUUGAAAGACCAGUCUGUCACACACUCCAACAAAACUGAUAGGUGAACGGGCCUGACUAACGCCUGUGUCAAUAUCAAAGAGACUAUUCCUCGCCAUUUACAAGGAUUUGUUCUGUGGCAGUAGGCGGAAUCAGUCGAAGUGGCUUCCAUAACUUGCCGUCACGCAGUAAUAUCUGCAAGGCUCAUUUAUGCAAACUUUUAUUUUUCAGAGACGACGAGCUAGUAAGCAGUUGGCUGCCGAGGUCGACUCUCCUGGUUUUUGUUCUUGGAUGCACAUAUUCCGCCCAUUCAUCACUGAAUUAUUCAGACAAGCAGGAUCAGUAAAUCAGUAGAAUUCAAAAAUACACAAGUACACAACUUAGAAGACUUCUCAGCCGUUCUUUCCAAAAAUCGAAGUACAAACCCUCAAAUCUCAAGUGAUCCACACUUGGGGUUGUCUAUGACUGGCUUAUGACGGCUAAUAAGCCAGAAAUGACCAUUCCGGUCUCCCUUGUCUUUGUCGGUACCACCUGAUUUACCUCAAAUAUUUGUUUGGAAAGAACGGAUCUCGGAAUCGCGCCUCUCGAUCUGUUCCACAAGACUACAAACCAACUAAUCACUAAAAUGAGCGGCAGAUAUACUUAGACCUCAUUUAAUCAGACUGCUAUACUACUGCAAACCUAUGUGCCCGCUGACAUGUCUUUUACGCUUGCCCUGAGAAUUUUCCCGGAACCAUUUCUCAGAUUGCUUUUGGUGACUGAAACAACCGCCAUCGGAACGCAAGCUGCAUUUUUCCUUUCGCCUGCUGGUGACCCCAAGGGUUUUCCUUAAUUACUGUAUGCUUGACAGUAAAAAGGUAGUUUUAGCCAGUUCGGGGGCUGGAGACUCACAGCCAGAAAUUGCACGUCUCCAAACAAUAUUGGAUCACUGACCUCCCGAUUUUUUGCCGAUCAAGCAAUGUUCUGGUGUUCUGAGUCUCCUAUUUCCUAUUUUAUUCCAUAGAAAAAUAUAUUUUUCAAAUUGUGCACUAUGACGAAUUUGUCAGUUACAGUUCAAAAGUUGCCUGAGGGACUUUAGUACACAUACGAAGUCCUUUGUUCUAGGGGAUCUGACUCAUCGCGACUUUAUUCUGCUUUCAGCAAAUCAUCGGGACGUUCAAAUUUCAAAUCUACCAUCCUAAAUGAAUGUUUCUGGUAGUCUCGUCUGCACGAUGCCGUAAUGCAUUGCGAGAUCUGGGCGUUUUCAGGCAACACUGACCCCAGUGGAGAGGAGAAUGUGUAAUUGGGCGUUAGUUUUGUACCGCACCCAUUACCGUAACUUCCAUAAACCUGUUAGCUCAUAGAGCGCAAGCAGUCGUGAUCAGGUUGUCUGAACUCUCGGCGGUUGUUGUAGGUACGUGUGUCCUCAAUCGCCUGACUUUGACAAGCCACAAUGCACGCAGAAGGAAGAGUGAGGUUGAUCCAGUGAGUAGUUCCUUCCUGUGAAAAAUUAAAUUCACCUCGAACCUAUCACGACAUUAUGUCAGUCGUGGUUUGAAAGGUUGCCAACUGACAGAACAACUCGGUCUUACUCAGAACAGGGUCGGGCCGCAAUGGCUUCUUAAUGUGAUCUGUGUGGCAGCUCCCACUUGCGUGAGAUCCGAGACCCCCAGAUGAAGCCUGGCAUGUCUGGAGUUAGGGACUGUGUCGUGUUUAAGAUCUCACUGGAGACCAACAAUGUCAUUAGUCGGCUCGCUUUUUCCGUAUUCUGCGCCUAACCGUGGUGUCUAAAAAGAAGGCGAAUGUGGGACCAAUGCAUGGGUCAUUUUUCCACUUUUUCCUGCUUUACCCAGGUUACAUCCUCGCUCGGAAAGUUUGCGUCUUUCGCCGUCCCCAGUAAGGUAAGGCCAUGCAUACCCGAUGCGUUUGCACUCCAACUGUCAGAUUUAAGAGGCCAGACGCCUCGAUGUGCUCACUUCACCGCAAACUUUGCCUUUUGAUCGUCGAUGCAACAUCUUAACAGCAUAUUUCUCGCGCGUUUGUCAAUCAGUGGUUUUGCCUAUUUGCUCAUAGAUGGUUGCUAAUCCCUAUUUCAUAUUUUACCGCAUUCUACGCGAACGUAGAGUUUCAAAUGUCCGAGAUGGAUAGGGACUUUUUCAUAGAAUCCAACCUUCUGCGCAUCGAGUAUCGUGAGUAAUUUUUAAAUUGAUUUAACUGGGUCUGCCUCUGCUAGGUUUAAAAUGGCAAGCAUGCGGUUCACGUAAAUAUGGUUUGUAAAAAACCGUCUUAAGUCAUUGUUACAAUGUCCUCAUACAUCCUCUUGAAGCGCCGACUUUCAGGGUUUGAACCUGAUUUCCACACGGUUCGGGCUAGUAGACACGAAUCUCUUCUGGCACCUAGUGACUAAGUCCUGCAAAUUGGCUUCAGUGCUAUGCGACCAGAUAUCAUCCUUACUCCAAAAUAUUCAUAUACGCGCCAUACUGUCAGUACUUUCGCAACGGUUUAACCCCUCCUAUUAUUCCAGCCUCCAAAAAAUACUUUAUCCUUAAAGUUCUCCAGACACCUGCAUUCUUCUUCGUCUUUUUCUGUCUUCUCUCGAUCCAUCUCCUUGCUUACCCAAUCGCGCCUAGUUGUCCCCCCCUUGUCUCAAUUUUCUUAAUGUGUCGAGUAACUUCCUAGCCUAACAAAUCCAGUUUAUCGAAGGUGUCACGCAUCCAUGCCCCUACGUGUCCCGAUACCGCCGUAGCUGCCAUCCGAAGAAGUAGCUAGACAGUUAAAAGUAACCUUUAAGAUCCUUCUUUGCCAUGCCACUGUGAGACUCCACGACCUUUAUUAGGGGUUAAAGAGCCAUUCCGGUUGUUCUUGGUGGGAUUCGCAACAAUCGCAGUUAGACUGUCCUAGUUAUGGACGAACCUGCUUGUAUACGGCGUCUCCCUUGGGUGUUCCAUGCCAGUCGUGUUUAUAAUAAUCUAACCACGCAAGGCCGUAUCUCUCACGCUAAUUUCCGUAAGACGACUAGGGAGGCCAUCGUAGGAUGUACGAGUCUUCUCUUCCUCUCGGUGAGGCAGGCUCAACUUGUUUGAUGAUCCUGAGCUGGAGACCCAGUGUCAUCGUUUUAGUUGACAGAGGUGGUCUGAGCAUUCUGCGCACUUAACCCUGACUCACUUGCCAUCCCCCCUUUUUUAUCUUCCUUCGCCAGAGUCAAUCAAGGACCCUUUGUCCUAACAGAGUGGAAGACUGUCCACGAGAGCAAGCGUGUCACCAGUCUGGAUAAGGCAUAUGACGCUCCUCUGCAAGUUGCCGCGUACAUUGGUGCAUACAAUAUCACGCGGCCACCCCAACUACCAGAGGUUUGUGUCCUUCUGUUCUGACAUGGAAAUUGUCUCAUUUGAUCUUUACACGCGUAAACGCCUGCAGAGUUCGGCCGGGUGCGUUGAUCAGCAGGCUACUGUGUCUGGAAACAAACUUGACUUUCACCAAGACCUGCGCGUGCCAUCUGUGUCAGGCCCUGUUUGCCCAAGCCGGUGACUUAUAUGUACUUGGUACAACUGUGAUGACGCCUGCUCUAGCCGGCCUCGGUGGUGUCAAGAACGGUAUUUCUGCACGCGUGACGAUCUGCGACGGCGGACCUGGAGAGCUUGGUCCACUCUUUCCUGCGACGACGAAGGCCAAAUACAAAGGGUCCAAGAACAACUUUCACGUCUUGGCGAGCUGUGUCCAGCCAGAUUUUGAGUUAUCCUCCCCUUCGACGUCUCCAGCGGGGCAACGGCGCCAGAUCUAGGGCAGCAAUACUGAGUUCAUAAGGCGGACGACAAAGAACGUGUCAAAAUUACCCGUGUCGUCUUUCUUGAAUAGCCUCAGGGAUUCUCGCUAUACUAUCACAGCAAGUGCUGACUGUCUUACCUGAGACAAAAUCGGAGAUGUUGCUCACAGGAUCGGCGGCAGGAUACGAACUUGUCGAACACCAGAUCGAAUAUCGAACAGUUGUGUGGGAUUGGUUACAGACCAGAAUUUGCGCAGUAGUAGAGCGGCAGCGGACCCUAAUCAUGACGAUCUCUGCCGGCACACCAUCUACUUCAAUUAUCCGCAGCAGAGACUAACGAUGGACGAAAUCUAACGCUACGACGAAGUCCACAAACCAGACGGAUAUCGGUUGUUUGUAACCAUGGCGGACUUUAAAAAUGCGCCACAGUAUGUCUGGUUUGCGCACCCACGCUCAUCUCGGGAGCCGACUGGGUUGGGUCCCGUCUUCGAGUCACGCACGCUCUGAUAUCGCCCGAGGACAACAGCGAAAGCCUUCGCGGCAACGUCGAUGAGGUUUACAUCUUAUUUCACCUCUUGAAGACAGGCACAAGGAUAGCCGAACUCGUCGUCAGGAACGACCUCAUCUUUUCAUGCUUGCUAAUUUACCUCAUGGAGCCAAGACGCUAGUGUCGACACAAGACUUUAGAUCCCAAUAGGAAUAUCUUCAUUCCCAGACUUGUUGUGCAGCCCCCGUAUUGCAUUGGCGAUUAACGUCUGAGAGGGAGGGGGUCACAUGAUACUGCAUAACCUGAAGAGGAAUAAAACGCUGCUGCGUGGUAGAACGAGUGUGUGAUUGGUUAGUCGUCCAAGUUGAGGAGGUACUCGGAGUGCUCACACCAGCGGUCGGCCUUGGCCAAAUUGUUCACCAUAAAACCACCAUCCACAUCGCGUGACAAUUUGAAUGGAGACUAGAGGUGAACUUCCAGGUGUCUGCGAACAAGAACAUGGUCCGACCCAUGGACGUUACUAGUUCCGGCACCACACAUCAAUCUGCUACCGUAAACCCAACUGCGAAACCUUGAACCUACUAGAAUGUGUUCGGUCUGGUUGACUGUAUAGCCGUCUUUCAAGUCCCAAGCCAGAUGUCUCUGACGGUACUGAAAGCACGUGUCAAUGACAAAUAGUCGGUUGCGAUCGACAAAGAUUGGCAUUCUCUCAUUUGUGUUGCAUCGAUUGCCAACCCUGCUAUUCUAACCCAUGAACGACCAUCAGACACAGCGAUAGAGUAUUUCAGCUAAUUCUUACAGCCGCGAGUAGAAGGCUUCUUCAUCGUGAUAGUCGGCAUCUGAGGUUGGCGCGUGCACAGAGACUUUUGGAAAGUUUCCACUCAGCCACACGUAGACCAGCCGGUAAUUGACCAGUUCCCACGUAAGUACUGUAUGUGUCCUUUGCUACAAUGAGGGUUCGCUAGAAUGGUCGCGUGGGCCACUGGGAUAGAGUGAAGUGGGAGUUGACCCCGACAUGUCACAAUCGCUGGACCUCAAUCUCACCGACAGUGUCACCGACGUCUUGCCCACUAACCCAAGGACCGCCCUACUCGGAAGCGCCGAUUAGCUAGCUGGAUUAACGGACAGACCCUCUUUUCCCACACUUACAGACAAUGCAGCGGCAUUUCUCGGCGCAAGGACGCCUACUCAAGGCUAGAUCCCGGUUAGACCGAAUAUCGAAAACUGAUUAAGUCACUUUUUCGCGAUCCCUACCACUUGUAGUCUGUUCUUCCUCUGUAACUUCAUGUUUGCUUGCUCACAUUGCUUCUCCCUCUUGUUCUAUAUAUCCUGUAAGCCGAUGGGCAGCCCAUAGUCGAAAAUAAUUACCGUUAUUAUUAGAUGCUUAUGGAGUUCCUCCUAUCCGAUUCACUCACAAAGGGCCACUCCUCUGCGUUCGUUAAAUCGAUGCCAUCUGUCUUUUAAGGUUCGACAGGGCCUCAUUGCGUAUGCCUAUGCCGACGGUUACCCGACUGACAUCCUUAUCAUGGGCGAGGAAGAACUGGAACACUACUGGACAAUCUGGUGCAAUCGCGUCUGCGCAUUCUACGAACAAAACCGGUCAGUGAGUAAUUGA